AUGCUUCUUAUGGGUCACAGCCACAAAUGUCUUACACAAGGCAAUACGCGUAACAGAGCACGGAUUGACUUUGCGGACUGCCUUUCCUUAUCGUUGGACAUUAGAACGUUGACAUGUUGCUCUCGUGUAAGCAGCGGCGGUAUGGAGUUGGCCAUGGACGAAACGAUGGGUCUUCGAAAUUCGCGCCUCAGCAGCAUUUAUGGCGACACUAGCACUACUGGGCAGCGUUUCACAAUUCUUGAAGAGGACUUAGAAGUGGAUAAUUCCUCACUUUUAAGGAAAAUUUUUCAACAAGAACUAUUCGAGCUGCACGAAGUGCGUGUGCUUAAGCAAAUACCACUGCCCAACUGGAUGAAGGUCUUUGCACCGCGCAUUGUACGUUUGCAAACUGGCACGAUGCCCUUUAUGGAAUACGCGCGGUCGGUUAAGAGUGAAGUGCGCCAAUGUCAAAUAAUUAAUAUCUGGACAUGUGUCGACCGCCUGUCCAAGAACAGACUGUCUAUCGAUUUUCGCCACCCUGCCGAUGUCGGAAGCUCGGCUCCGAGCGCUAGUUCGAUGAGUUCUCAUGAUGUGAACGACAGAGUAAUGCGUGAUAAGUGGAUUCUUAAGUUUGAAAGCAAAAGUGAACGCGACAAGUGGGCUAAGUUGGUGCAGGAUGCUAUUGAUUUACUCGGCUGGGCUGCCAAGUUUACGCUUGGUAGUCUGAUAAUGAAGACAGAAAACUCGUCUGUAAUUGAAUGCUCUACAUGGGCAGAUCGUGGCAAACCGUCCUACGUGAUGAAAGUGAUGGAAGCCUCAUCAACAAAGCAGAGUCAGUUAGCUCGUAAUGAGAUUGAAGUUCAACGCAUGCUGAGUAACUAUGCGAGUCAUCCAAAUAUUGUUGCUCUCUAUGAUUCAUUUCAUCAAAAGAACAAAACGUAUCUUGUAAUGGAAAAUUGUAUUGGCGGUGAUCUUUUCGACUUUAUCAGGCAGAAUGGCGCCAUGGAUGAGAAAGAAGCUAAAACUCUUUUUCGUCACAUCGCUAGUGCCAUCAGUCAUUGCCACGAGCACGGUAUUGUGCAUUUGGAUAUCAAACCCGAGAAUUUCUUUUUUAAAUCAUCAACGACUCAGCUAGAGACUAUCAAACUGGGCGACUUUGGCUCGGCGAUGCAGCUAGACUCCAGCACUAGUAAGAAAGCUAUGAGCUGUACAGUGGGUUACGCGGCACCUGAAGUUCUGCAAAAUGGUUCGAUCUCUGUCGCCGCCGACGUAUUUAGUGCCGGUGCGGUAUUGUACACGAUUCUUUGCGGUUAUGCUCCAUUUAGCGCGCCCUCUGAAGACGAAAUGCUUGAGCGGACUUUGUCUGGUGAUAUUGUGUUUGACGAACUUGAAUGGUGGCGAAUUAGCAAAGGUGCCAAGGAUCUUUUGAAGUUGAUGCUACACAAGGACUUAAAUCGGCGUCCAAGCAUGGAGGAAGUGCUGGAACAUCACUGGUUUUCGUAA